CUGUUUGAGCUUCCGGCCCCAGUCUGACACACUCGGUGACCAGGGCGCAGCACUCUAUCUCUGAAUUCGCUACAAGACAAAGAAGCUGGCAAUAUGAGACCCGGGUUCCUCCUGUUGCUUCUCUGCACCUGCUUUUUCUCAUCAAGGGGUCACAACAGGGUGACCUUGAAUAGAUAUAAGUCGGUGAGGAAAGCGAUGCGUGAGCGAGGGGUACUGUCCACAUUUUGGAAGAACCAUCAUUUGGAUAUGAUGCGGUACAGUGACGCCUGCCCAGUGGCCACCCAAGCCAGUGAGCCACUGGUCAAUUACAUGGAUGCUGAGUAUGCUGGGCAGAUAUCUAUUGGCACCCCACCUCAGAACUUCACUGUGAUCUUUGACACUGGGUCCUCCAACCUUUGGGUCCCAUCGAGUCUGUGUACUAGUCAUGCCUGUGAGAUCCACAAUAGGUAUCUGUCAACAAAGUCCACAAGUUACCAACCAGAUGGCCGCUCAUUCUCCAUUCAGUAUGGCACAGGCAGCCUGACAGGAAUUCUGGGAAUUGAUAAAGUCACAGUGCAAGGGAUCAGUGUAUCCCAACAGAAAUUUGGGGAGAGUGUUAGUGAGCCAGGGAGCACAUUUGUCGAUGCAAACUUUGACGGAAUUCUUGGACUGGGGUAUCCUAGCAUUGCUGUAGGAGGUGCUCCACCUGUUUUUGAUAGCAUGAUGGCUCAGGGCCUGGUGGCACUUCCCGUUUUUUCAGUUUACUUGAACAGAAAUCCUGAUUCAUCCUCAGGUGGAGAAAUUGUGUUUGGUGGCUUUGAUCAUAACCACUUUGAAGGUCAACUGCACUGGGUCCCUGUCACACAACAAGGCUACUGGCAGAUCCUGGUUGACAACAUUAAAGUUAACGGUGUGGUCAAGUUCUGCAGCGAUGGCUGUCAGGCCAUUGUAGACACUGGAACUUCAUUGCUGACUGGACCCUCUGGGGAUAUAAAAGUCAUACAAAACCUACUCAGUGCUCAGCCCCUGGAUGAGGGAGUGGACGCUGUGGAAUGUGGCAAAAUCCCCUUGCUUCCAGACAUCACCUUCCAGAUCAAUGGUGUGGACUUCACGAUGACUCCUUCUGCUUAUAUACAGAUGGAGAUCCUUAAUGGUGAGAUGCAGUUGUGCACCUCAGGUUUUCAGGCCAUGGAUAUUCCCCCUCCUGCAGGGCCACUUUGGAUUUUGGGGGACAUUUUCAUUGCUCAGUUCUAUGCUGUCUUUGACCGGGGAAACAACAGGGUGGGGCUGGCAAAGGUCGUCUAGUGAUCAGACAGUCAGAGAAGAAGCCUGUUGAAGAACAAUGUGACUUCUGUGGAUGAUCCUAGGGAAGAGGAAAAACUUGUCUUUUUAUUGUAGAGAAAUUAUAUGACUAAAUAAGGUGUCUCACAAUGGUCUGAAGAUAGAAGCCAUGUACCAUUAGUUGGAUAUCCUUGAGUGAGGGUUGAAAUUGAUUAGCCGAGUAGGCUUGAAAUGAUAGAAAAGAAUGGAUUAUGCUGCCAUUGGACUUUUUCACAUCUUGUAUCUCAAGCAUACUUUUUACACUGAUCUACACAA